CUCUCUCUCAAUGUGUUGUGCCAACUCCUCCAGCUUUACAAAUAUGAUAAGACCAAAGCUGCAAGAACUCUUCCAGCACUAUGGUAAUGGUUAACCAGAUAAUUCAUUUUGGGGUGGGAAUAGAAAACAGUCAAAAGUUAUCUGUCUUCUUUUCCGAGUUGAAUUCAUUCAUACAGUACCAGGACUCAGAAUGGAGGAGACAUUGCAACCAGAGAAGCAGGAGUCAGAAUAUAAAAAUCCAAAUGAGGACCAAGGUGGGAUGUGUCGCCGAUUGCGGGACAGGGAUCUUCUCAGGAAGAGAAAGGCUGAAGCAGAAGAGAAGGAGACUAAUCAGUGGGUUUUGGGGAUGGAGAGCCAGAGGAAAAGACCCAGGACUGAGAGUGGCAUGAAAAGGAGAGGGAGGCCCAAGAAGAGUGAGCUCACGCCCCAGAUAUCUGUCAUUCAGGAGGAGCCAGCAGUGCCUCAGGAAGCUCCUACAGUGGUGGGGGUGGGGCCUGAACCUGCCGAGGUCAUCCCAGAUCAAACCCCAGGCUCUCUAUCCCCCUUACUUGCUCCGGAACCCCAACCAUCAUCUGUCCUAGCUGGCCCUGAACUUCUGCCAGUGUUUGGAUCCAUCAAAAGCCCUGUCUUUGGUCCUGCUCUGACUUCUCCAUCUCAAAUUUAUCCGACUCCAGUCCUUUUUUCACCCUCAGCUCCUGCUCCAUCUACCGCCAAAGCUCCAAUCCCUGUCAAAGAUUUGGCUCCAGCUCCAGUAGCUGUCCCACUCCUAGCCCUGACCCAAGCCCCUGUUCCAGCUGCAGCUCCUCCUCAAGUGGAGACCUCCUUCACAGAGUCACAAAGCAGGGAGGCCUUAAACCUGAUUGAGGACUUGGGCCCAGAUGAGGAGGAAGACGUCUCUCCGUGUCUGGACAAAAGAUCUGAUGAAGAUUUGAUUGAGACACCGUUGAUCAAUGUACCUGAACAGAACAUUCAAAUUCCAAAGAUGUCCUUGACGCCUCCUCCACAAAAAUAUUUCCCAGGAAAUUUGUUCUAAUUUUCUAUACCACAUUUCUCAGAUACUGCGUCAACUCAGAAUACAACCAUUUAGUUUGUAUCAGAGUAUUAUUUUGGUUAGUGUACAACCUGUUGGGUGAAGAGAACCAACACAUUCAGCCUAUGCAUUGCUUAUUUGACAACUGAAUGAAUUCAAACCAAACCUGUUUUUAUGCCUAUUUAUUCUGGUUUGUGCUUUACUUUGAAGCUCAUUAAUGCUAUUGUGCAUUUAGUAAACAGCAAAUCUGCCAAUAGUAAAUGGUAUGUAUUUGUAAUUAUGGGUUUAUUUGAAUUUUUUUAAAGUGUUUUUUCACCUAAUAAAAUACACCGCUUACCAU